CGAACCCAGCCCUCCCAGCGACCAAUCUCCUUCUCACCUGCAACCCAGCGCACAAAGCUUCUCCCUUCAUCUGCUUUUAGGUUGCGUUCUCCGCCUCCAUUUCGCCUCUGCUUCCAGUCGUAAUCUCCGCUUCCGCCUCCGUUCUAGGUUGUGUUCUCUGCCUCUAAGUCGCCGCCCUCUGCUCUUCUCCUUCUUUUUUAAUUUCUGUUCGAUUAAAUGUGAUGAGGACGAGUCUCAGAUGUCGAAGAUGGAUACAACUUUAGAUCGGCGGCGAUGGAAGAAAUUAGGUUUAAGAUCUGUGACGGCGGUUAGGUCUAUGGUUCCCGAGGAAUGUGAUGGGGCUGGGGGACAGCGGCGGCGAUUAUGGAUGGUCGGGAUUGCGACGGAGCAACGAUUUGCAACUGCAUUUGGUGGCUAGGGUUGGGGCUGGUCAGGGCUUAUGAUGGAGAUAGGUCAGGGCUGUGGGGGAGGGGGCUAGAGGGAGCUGGUACAGAUGGAGAAGGGGAUGGAAGCAGGCUGGUGUUUGGGUGGUUUGUAACUGGGAGGGGACGGCGGCGGCAGAGAACUGGUGGGGGCAGGGACGAGUCACUAAUGGCUGCGGAGGAGUGGUCGCUGGCAGCAGUGCGGACUUAUCACUGACGCGGCAAGACGGGUUACUAGCGGGGGUGGGACAAAUGCGAAUUGGUUACUGGCGGGGGCGAGACCAACAGGGGCAGUGGGGUACUGGUUACUUGCGGGGGCGGGGCGGGUGCCAAUUGGCCACUGACCGUGGCAGUGAGAUACUGGUCACUGGUGGCAUGGGACGGGUGCGAAUUGGUAACUGACUAAAUGGUCACUGUGACCGCCGGUGGAGGUCACUGGAACCGGCGGCGGACGAAGGCGGAGGUCACUGGGACCGGCGGCGGAGGUCACAGGGACCGGCCGCGGAGGUCACUGUAGCUGACAUGUCACUGUUAGGAUAUAAUUUGGUCAUUUUUGGUCACUGGAUGAAUUUUGUAACUAUGUCAUUGGUAACUGUAACAUUGGUCACUGCACAUUUGGUCACUGUGACGGGUUACGGUAGCAGACCAGUGGGUUUGGGCUUAGUAAGGGUGUAAUAGUCCCU